UUGUCAUCUGUUGUUUAUAUUGAUUUUCAACUGGAUGGUACAAGGCCUGUUACACUGAAGCUGGGCUGUUGUAUAGGACGACACCAGAAAACCAAAGCCGACGGUUAAAAGAUACAACCCCGGGGCCAAAAGCCAUCGAUUGCCAAGAGACAAUCUUGGAGACAAAAGCACAAUACGAAACACUUAAACUAACAAGCAAACUUAGCAAAGACUACACAACAAAGACAAGAAACUAAACAUUCUAGACGAGACUCAAAAUCCAGCCAUAGAGAGAACAAAACCGGCCCGAUAGGUUAUGUAUAACCGUUGCUGUAGAUUGAGCUUCCAAUGUUCCUUUGCUUCACCGACCCCUCUUCAAAACCAACUAAACUCGCCAUUGGACUAUGAAGAAAGGAUACCACGCGCCUUCUACACGCCUCUUCUCCACUGACUCCUUCCAGAUCCAACUCAAACUCACUAUUGGACUCUGAAAAAGCUCACUAUGCGCCAUCUACGCAUCUCACCACCACGGCAAAGCUAACCAAUCCCUGCUGGACACGCUCUUAAUCAAAACAGCCGGUAACCAAAAAUCCACCGCCAUAUGCUGUAGAUCUGACGAGAUUGACGGCCAUGGAUUCCGAUUUGAAACUCUCCACUUCAAUCCAUAAAAUCGAAGAUUUCAACCAGAUCUGGAACCCUCUAGACUAAGAAACAAGACUUAAAGCAACAGAGCAAACAUACAGAGAAAAUAUAGUAGAUCUGACCGGCGGUGGUGCUAAAGGAGCCACCACGCGCCGGUCACCGGAAUCAAGAAAACAGAAGCUUGAGGAAGAUGAGUCGCAGGGAGAGAAGAGAGAGAGAGAUAUCGUUAAUUUAAUGAAGGUUUUCUAAAAAAAAUUCUUUUACAAAUUUGAAGGAAUUUUGUAUGUAGAUUUUUUUUAAAAAUUUGGAGGCUCUAUGUUCGAUUCGCUCAGGAUCACCCUUGACUCUAAUAAUACAAUCCAGUUACAUUCUAUGCGUAUAUUACACAUUGCUAACCCACCCAUAAAAAUUCUUCAAAAAUAUAUUCAUUGUCCCAGUUACUCCUGAAUAUAAAAGCUAUCGACGUAAACUCUCUCCACACUAUCAAAGGUCUCUCCAAUGGCAACUCUUUUUCCCCACUCCGAUUCAUUCUCCUUCUUCUUUGUUACAUUCAUUUCACUGGCUGUUCUUAGUCAUCGGCAUCCCUCUGCAACAGCCGCAGCAGGUUGUCAAGCUCCGCCAGUGAUUUUUAACUUCGGAGAUUCUAAUUCUGACACGGGCGGACUCGUCGCUGGACUCGGUUACCUCGUUGGCCUCCCUAACGGGCGCUUAUUUUUUCGGCGAUCCACGGGACGUUUGUGCGACGGACGUCUUCUCAUCGAUUUCCUCUGCCAGAGUUUGAAUACAAGUCUCUUGAGGCCAUACUUGGAUUCUUUGGGUGGAUCAAGGUUCCAAAACGGUGCCAAUUUCGCAAUUGUUGGAUCCACUACUCUCCCCAGAAACGUCCCAUUUUCACUCAACAUUCAGCUCAUGCAAUUCCUCCAUUUCAAAUCCAGAUCACUCGAGCUAGCUUCUACUUCAAAUCCAUCAAAGGGGAUGUUCAUAAGCGAGAGUGGAUUCAGAAACGCAUUGUACAUGAUCGAUAUAGGACAGAACGACAUUGCUCGUUCCUUCUCUUUAGGCAACUCGUAUUCUCAGACGGUCAAGUUGAUUCCACAAUUUAUUUCCGAGAUAAAAACCAGCAUAAAGAGAUUGUAUGAUGAAGGAGGAAGGAGAUUCUGGAUCCACAACACUGGGCCACUGGGUUGUCUACCUCAGAAACUUUCAAUGGCUCAGAGAAAAGAUCUUGACCAGCAUGGUUGCUUAGCCAGUUACAACGCGGCAGCAAAACUGUUUAACCAAAUGUUAGAUCAUAUGUGCGAGAAACUGAGGAUUGAACUGAGAGAUGCCACCAUAAUCUAUAUUGACAUAUACGCUAUCAAAUACAGCCUCAUUGCAAAUUCCAAAGGAUACGGUUUUGAGAGACCCUUAAUGGCGUGUUGCGGGUACGGAGGGAGUCCUUACAACUACAAUUCGAAAAUAACAUGUUCACAUAGAGGCGCUAAUGUAUGUGACAAAGGAUCUCGGUUCGUAAGCUGGGAUGGGAUUCAUUACACUGAGACAGCUAAUGCCAUUGUGGCCAUGAAAGUGCUUUCAAUGCAAUACUCCAAGCCAAAAGCUCCCUUCGAUUUCUUCUGUCGUCGCUGAGAACCAAACUUGUUUGACUUGGAAAUGUUAUAAGAAAAAAAGAGAGAAAGAAGAAUUUAUGGGUCUUAGUCCAUGAAUAUUGAGUUCUUUAUAUAAAUGUUUAGUUUGGUGAAUAAGUGUAACUUAGAGAACGAGUAAAUCUCGUGGAACACAUAUAUCUAGAACUUUUAAUAAUGGGAUCACCACAG